CCUCAUACAGGCGGAAGUUUACAGUUGGAUUCCCCGACCCUCCUCCAUGCCAAAUAAUUGAAGAAAACCUAUCCCAGACUGUGGCACCAUGUCUGAUCCGGAAUCCCCGGAUUCUAGUGAUCCAGUCCCGAGAAGCUCCCUGCGAGGUCCAGAGAUGGCGUCAGGGAAGCUGGAGGACUGCAGUCAAACACUGGAACUCAGUGUGGCUGUCAAAGAUGAUGAUGGUAAUGACGAGGAGGAGGCUGAUGAAGAGGAUAGCGAUGCUGUAGACUAUGGGCAUAACGUUGUGAAAGUGGACAUGGAUGAGGAGGAAGGAGAAGCAGUGAAGUCGGGGCUUUCUAUUAAAAGAGAUGCAGAGGAGGGAGGUGGCGGGGAUGAGACCAACUCAGAAACAGGAGAGGGCGCCAACUCCGACACAGACAGUUUCGAUGGGGAGAAUGAACAGAGUUUGAACGCUCAGAGUGCAGUGGAGAAGCCACACCCCUGCUCCCAGUGUGGCAAGACCUUCAUCACCGUGGGGAGCCUGAAGAGGCACACACAGACCCACAGCGGAGAGAAACCCCAUCAGUGCUCCGUCUGCGGGAAAUGUUUCUCACGCUCAGACGACAUGAAGAGACACCUCACCAUCCACACAGGAGAGAGGGUGAGCCAUGUCUGUCACCAGUGUGGGAAGACUUUCACCAGUCUGGGAGGGCUGAAGAAACACCAGAUGACCCACACAGGAGAGAAGCCGUUCCAGUGUUCAGAGUGUGGGAAAGGUUUCACUGCGCAGGGUAACCUCAAGAUCCACCAGCGUAUCCACACAGGGGAGAAACCGUACCAGUGCUCCCAGUGUCAGAAAAGCUUCUCCCGGCUGGCCCACUAUAAAGACCACCAGCAGACUCACCGGGAGGAGAAACCGUACCACUGCAAUGACUGUGGGAAAAGCUUCUCCUACUUCAAGUCGCUCAAGUGCCACCAGAUGAUCCAUAAAGGGGAGAACCUUCACCACUGCUCCGUAUGCGGUAAAGGGUUCGCCAUUCGCGGCAACCUGAAGACCCAUCUGCAGACACACACCAAGGAGAAACCACACCAAUGCUCCGAGUGCGGGAAACAGUUCUCCCGAGCCCACGACCUGAAGAAACACAAGCUGCUCCACACGGGGCAGAAGACCUACCACAUUUGCCAGUGUGGCAAGAGCUUCACGGAGCUGGGGAACCUGCGGACCCACCAGAGAACCCACACCGGAGAGAAACCAUUCUGCUGUUCCUUCUGCGGCCGAACCUUCUUGCGCGCUGGAGACCUGAAGAGCCACCAGCGGACACACACCGGAGAGAAACCAUUCAUCUGCACCAUAUGUGGGACCAGUUUUGCCCAAUCUGGCAACCUGAAAGUGCAUCAGAUCACACACACUAAAGAGAGGCCGUACCCUUGUACUGUCUGUGAUAAGGGGUUCACCACACCGGGGAGUCUGAAGCUACACAUGAGGACACAUACAGGGGAGCGGCCGUUCCUGUGUAGCGCGUGUGGGAAAGGGUUCACGGCGUCAGGGCAGUUGAAGAGGCACCAAGAGUGUCACAUGAGAGACACUGUCCAAUCAUCUCCUAGUGAAGACACGAGGGUGGCUUCAAAAUAAGAGCACUGGAAACGUGCCAUUGUGUGUCUGAACUGUGAUCAUGAUGGGAGGUUUUACUGCUUCAUGAUGUCCCUAAUGGGACACCAUUCACUAUGGGCUCUGGUCAAAUGGGACACCAUUCCCAAUGGGCUCUGGUCAAAUGGGACACCAUUCCCAAUGGGCUCUGGUCAAAAGGACUGCACUAUAAAGGGAGUAGGGUACCAUUCAGGACUGACACUAUUUCUCCCUUUUGCAGAACGUCAGUUGUUUACUCUAUGAGCUCAAUUAUGAGCUUUUAAAGUGUCAGAGAAUGUGAUGUUUGACAAAAAAUUGUAUUCUGAGUCCUGAAUGACACCCAAUUUAGUGCACUACGUUUGACCAGGGCCCAUAGGGUUCUGGCCAAAAGUAGUGCACUAUAUAGGGAAUAGGGUGCCAUUUGGGACCCUAUGUGAAUGUGAUGGUCUUAAUGGUAAAAGGUCUGUCAUGUCAUCUACCCAUUAGAAUGUACACGAUCUGAUAUUGAUCAUAUAAUAUGAUUCCCAAAUGGCACCCCUAUUCCCUAUAUAGUGCACUAAUGUUGAUCAGAGCCUAAAGUAGUGCACUAUAUAGGGAAUAGGGUGCCAUUAGGGACGUAAAUAGUGUAUACUAUACUACAGUACUAAUGAACACAUUCUCUGGUAAAACACAGUUUACAUAUUUGUCUCUUUAUUAUGAGUAUUGGAUCUCAUUUUAAUAAAUAACAUUAAAGUAUA